AAAUAGAUAAUUUGACACAAGAAAAUUAUAAAAAUGCUGCAGGCUGUGCUUCUAGUAUUGUGUAUGAGUCUACCCUUUGGACUGUCAAUUCAUUGUUUUGAAUGUAAUUCAGCAGAUGAUUUCCCUUGCUCGGAAUUCUGGGAAGUGAAUGAAGUUGCUUCACAAUAUCUGACAGAUUGUAGUCAUGUAUUUGAGGCUGGUUACUGUGUGAAGAUGACCGGAGUAUUUGACGGAAAACUCGGAACAAAAAGAUUUUGUUCAUCACGUGAUUGGGGGAAUUAUUGUGAAUAUAUUCAGCGACCAGGAGAUAUUCAGGAGUACCGUAGCUGUAUCUAUACCUGUGGGAUGAAUGGGUGUAAUAAUGGAAAUUUUCUCCGCCCUGUUCUUUUGCUCUUCAUUCUUCCUUUCUUCUCUGUCCUACGCAACCUGUUCAAAUCCUCAUAAUUCUUCUUUUCUUCUCCGUCCUACGCAUCCUGUUCUAAUCCUCAUAAUUAUUCCUUUCUUCUCCGUCCUACGCAUCCUGUUCUAAUCCUCAUAAUUAUUCCUUUCUUCUCCGUCCUACGUAUCCUGUUCUAAUCCUCAUAAUUCUUCCUUUCUUCUCCGUCCUACGUAUCCUGUUCUAAUCCUCAUAAUUCUUCCUUUCUUCUUCUUCCUACGUAUCCUGUUCUAAUCCUCAUAAUUCUUCCUUUCUUCUCCGUCCUAUGUAUCCUGUUCUAAUCCUCAUUAUUCUUCCUUUCUUCUCCGUCCUACGUAUCCUGUUCUAAUCUUCAUAAUUCUUCCUUUCUUCUCCGUCCUACGUAUCCUUUCUAAUCCUCAUAAUUAUUCCUUUCUUCUCCGUCCUACGCAUCCUGUUCUAAUCCUCAUAAUUCUUCCUUUCUUCUCUGUCCUACGUAUCCUGUUCUAAUCUUCAUAAUUCUUCCUUUCUUCUCCGUCCUACGUAUCCUGUUAUAAUCUUCAUAAUUCUUCCUUUCUUCUCCGUCCUACGUAUACUGUUCUAAUCUUCAUAAUUCUUCCAUUCAUCUUGUAUCCUGUUCUAAUCUUCAGAAUUCUUCCUUUCUUCUCCGUCCUCAUAAUCCAGUUCCAGUCGUACACAUCCUUUCUUUCUUUCCGUCCUACUUUCCUGUUCUACUGAAUUGUUCUGAAACAUCUAAUAUAACUUUACUUUUUUCUUCAUUAUUCAAAAUUGUUCAAUUAGUCAAUAAUUAUUUUGACUAUUCUUUUCCACAAUAUUUGGAAGAGUUUAACUUCUUAUUCUUCAAAUGUAUAAGAAAAUGCCAAAUAUUGAAUUAUGACCUGUAUGCGAGGCAUUUUUACUUUUUUAUCUUAAAGGUACCGUUGAUAUAAAAUUUCAUGUGAAAAUUAAAUGAAAGAUUUACAUGCCCUUCAAACAGUAAAUUAAAAAAUGAUAUAGAUUGUAUGUAUUUAACUAUAUUAUGACCAGUGUACUACUUUAUGUAAUCUUUGAUUUAUUAUACUACUUUAAUAUUGUAAUGAAAAUCAAAACUCAAUUAUGUACAAAAUUAUUUUAAUAUACGUGCAUAAAGUGUUAA